AUGACGCAACAUUUAUUUUUAAAUGUUAAAUUAACGGGUUUAACAAUUAAAUUCGAAUUUUCGCAAUCAACCGAUGAAAGAUAUGAAAAACAUGUAAAGAAAAAUUCUACGAAGAAAGUUAAUAGAUUAGAAGAAAUGAACCUGGUAUAUGGAAGAACACUUGUCAACAAAACAAAUGCAGUAAUGCUGCUCAAUAACAAUUGGGUCAGCAAGGACAAAUGUAAUCGAGUAAAUAACAAUGUGAUCUUAGUGAUCGAUGAAAAACCUGCCUAA